AUGAUUGAAUGUUCGAUGUUUGGGUAUUUGGAGAGGAUUGACGGAUUGUGCUCGUACCUGAGGUUCUAUGACAGAACUGACACGGUGGCUAGGGAGAAAAUCUACUCAAAUGGAUCAAGAUUGUUGACUGUUGCUGUGGAAGACGAGAAAAUGUAUUUGGUGAGCCGGAGUUUACCUGACAUGAACAAGAGCAGGAUAUCUUUUUGCUCGGUGGUGCAGAAGACACUGGUUAGUACACCUAGAGGACUAGAGGGGUUUUUAUCUGCACUUGGAUUUGCGUUUGUGAGGGAAAACAAUGUAUCAGUGGUAAGCUUCCUUAGGCAUCCAGUUGAAGUUGAGGUUUCUAAGUGGAAGAGUGAAGACGAAUCAGUGGACAGAUUACAUCUUGUGAAGGUUUCUGUGGCUACAGAGAACGUGAAUGAUGGAGAAAAGAUUCUGAGCAAAGUGGUUGAGGAGUUGGAAAGCCAGGUUCAACUUUUGAGGCCGAGCUUGAAAUAG